AUGAAAGUUGAAGCAAGUUUUUCUUCAAUUUCUCCACCGGUGUUUGAUGGAGAAAACUACCAAAUGUGGGCAGUUCGUAUGGAGACGUAUUUGGAGGCUUUGGAUCUUUGGGAAGCAGUGGAAGAGGACUACAUAGUUCUAGAAAUUCCAGUCAAUCCCACUUUGGCUCAGAUCAAAGCACAUAAGGAAAAGAAGAUGAAAAAGCUAAGGCAAAACCCUAUUUUUUACUGCAGUUUUAGCCACCAUUUUUACCCAAAUUAUGUCUCUAAAGUCAACAAAGGAGAUAUGUUACAAAAGAUGAAGGAAACUGAGACAGUCAAGGAGUAUGCUGAAAGAUUUCUCAGCAUAACAAACCGAUUCCGUUUGUUGGGAUCAUCUCUGGCAGACUUGAGGAUUGUGGAGAAAAUCCUUAUAGCAUUGCCUGAAAAAUUUGAGGCUACUGUUACCACCUUGGAUAAUACCAAGGACUUGUUCAAUAUUCCUCUGGCAGAACUCUUGAGUGCCUUGCAAGCACAAGAGCAGAGGCGUACAAUGAGACAAGAAUGA